UGCUCGCUGCUGCUUGAGCAGUUAGGAGGGGUGGGGUCCUGAACAUGGCGGACCUCAGCUUUUCUGACGGCGAUCCUACUGUACGCACGCUUUUGCGGCGCGUGCUGGAGACGGCGGAUUCGCGCACUCCGAUGAGACGCCGGAGCACUCGGAUCAAGUACGUAAGAGUGUUGCGGUGAGCAACUGGAAUGAAUGGACAGUGGUGUCUGCGUCUGGAAAGGAAAACCGCGUCUCAGAGUACAGUCUGAGAUGCUGAGAUCAGACUCGGGGUUCCUAAUCAAAUUGAACUCAGCUGUGCGGUUUUGUACUCUCACCGUAUGCCCCAGGGUGAGACCGCAGAGUCUCACUCACAACGGUGCUGGAUCUCUAGGAGCAGAGGGCAAGGCUCUGUGUUUUCUAGCCUGUUUCACUCACCCCCCUCCCAGGCCAAGGUUGUCGUGACAUCUACCCCUGCUUCUAGGUGACUUCACCUUUCACAACACACACAGUCCUACUCUCUGAGGCUCCCAUGGCAGGUCGGGGGGCAGGAACUGGAAAGAUGCUUUGCUUUCUUUCUUUUCUUUCUCUUUCUUUCUUUCUUUCUUUCUUUCUUUCUUUCUUCUUCUUGCUUUGCUUUUUUUCUUUUCUUUUUCUUUCUUCUUCUUCAUGCUUUGCUUUCUUUUUUCUCUCUUCUUCUUCAUGCUUUGCUUUCCUUUUUUCUUUCUUCUUCUUGAUGCUUUGCUUUCUUUUUUCUUUCUUCUUUUCUUCUUCUUUCUUCUUUCUUCUUCUUUCUUCUUCUUCUUCUUCUUCUUCUUCUUCCUUCUUCUUCCUUCUUCUUCCUUCUUCUUCUUCUUCUUCUUCUUCUUCUUCUUCCUUCUUCCUUUUUCUUCUUCUUCUUCUUCUUCUUCCUUCUUCUUUCUUCUUUCUUCUGUUUUUGUUUUUUCGGUUUUCGAGACAGGGUUCCUCUGUGUAGUCCUGACUUUGGGGAGUGAAGCUUAAGGAGGGUUGUGAGCAGAAGGUACCGAAGUUGGCUUCCACCAGUCUGGAAGAAUGCCCUUCUUUCCAAGUGGAGACUCGUUCAUGAUAAGUGCACAAAGAAGACGGUCUCAAACGCCAUACUCUAACAGGCAGGGUAGCCAAACAAAGACAAGUGCUAGGAAGCAAUCCCAUGGAGCUAGGUCAGUUGGCAGAUCGACUCGUGUUCAAGGUCGUGGGCGCCUGGAGGAACAGACACCCCGGACUCUGCUAAGGAAUAUCUUACUAACUGCCCCAGAAUCGUCCACUGUGAUGCCAGACCCAGUGGUGAAGCCAGCACAAGUACCAGAAGUGGCCCGGUCCUCCAGACGGGAGAGCAGUCGGGGAAGCCUGGAGCUACACCUUCCUGAACUGGAGCCCCCCUCAACCCUGGCUCCGGGUCUAACAGCCCCUGGCAAAAGGAAGCAGAAACUGAGAUUAUCAGUAUUUCAGCAGGAAGUGGACCAGGGGUUGCCUCUCUCCCAAGAGCCACGUAGGAGUAGGAGUGCUGAUGUUUCAUCCUUGGCUAGCUCCUUCAAUCUUACCUUUGUUCUACCUGGUCAGCCAGAGACAGUGGAGAGACCUGGUCUGGCUCGAAGACGUCCCAUCCGCCAGCUUGUGAAUGCUGGUGCUCUUUUGCAGGAUCUGGAAGACAAUUCCUUAGCCUCUGCUCUUCCAGGUGACAGUCACAGAACACCUGUUGCUGCUCUGCCGAUGGAUGUAGGCUUGGAAGACACACAGCCUUUCUCACAGUCCUUGGCUGCCUUUUCCCUUAGUGGGAAACAUUCUCUGCCCAGCCCUUCUCGCCCUGGGGUUGAAGAUGUUGAAAGAGUUAUGGGCCCACCAAGCUCGGGGACCAGGCUGCAAAGCCGGAUGAGCAGAUCUGGCCCUGCUGCCUCUCCUUCCCCCUUCCUGGAGCCACAGCCUCCGCCUGCAGAACCGAGAGAAGCAGUAGGAUCCAACGAGGCUGCGGAGCCCAAGGAUCAAGAAGGAUCUUCAGGGUAUGAGGAAACUUCUGCUAGGCCAGCAAGUGGAGAAUUAUCCUCCAGCACACAUGACUCACUCCCAGCUGAACAGCCACCCCCGUCACCUGGAGUUGCAGUCAGCUCCAGCCUGUCUGCCGUCCUGGUGCCUGACCCAAGAUGUGUAGAAGAGCUUAGCCUAUCUUCAGAGCCCCUGGAGUCUGUGACAGCUAAGUGCCCAUCCAGGACCCAAACUGCAGGUCCUAGGCGCCGCCAAGACCCCCACAAGGCUGGACUGAGCCCCUAUGUGAAGUUCUUCAGCUUCUGUACUAAGAUGCCCGUGGAGAAGACGGCUCUUGAGAUAGUAGAGAAGUGCCUAGACAAGUAUUUCCAGCACCUUUGCAAUGACCUGGAGGUAUUUGCUUCUCAUGCUGGCCGUAAGAUUGUGAAGCCAGAGGACUUAUUGCUGCUGAUGCGACGGCAGGGACUAGUGACUGAUCAAGUCUCGCAGCAUGUGCUCGUGGAGCGGUACCUGCCCUUGGAGUACCGGCAACAACUUAUCCCUUGUGCAUUCAGUGGCAAUUCUGUCUUCCCUGCACAGUAGGACCAGGCCUUCCCUGGCACCUACUCUCCCUACCUUGGAAAUCUUGAACCCUACACAAUCAUGAAGGUUCCCUCAUCUCCUGGCACCAAGAAAGUCUCACAAAUGGGUUCUUCUGCUUUGUGGUGCAUGUCUUAGGACCUGCCCAGGUUGCCUUCCCCCAGCCUGGAAAGGAAUAGGAAUUAAAGACUUUAUACUAGAAGAAAGUUA